AUGGCCGCUCAUCAAGAAGACGUGACAGAUCCCACCACCGUUACGGUGAUCCGGGAAAAAGACGAGGAACACUAUGUCGUGGCCGAAGACAUUGUCAAGGGCGCGCAAAAGGCCACGGACAAUGAGCACGCAAUGAGCCUGAGGGAGGGUCUGCGCAAGUACCCCAAGGCGGUCUUCUGGUCCAUCUGGUUCUCGUCUGCGCUCAUCAUGGAAGGCUUCGACCAUUCCUUCAUCAGCGGGUUCAUGGCUUUCCCGGCCUUCCAGAGGAGAUACGGUGUUCUCACCAAAAACGGGUCCUACCAGAUUCCAGCUAACCUCCAAGCCGCCGUCAGCAAUGGAGUCAAUGCGGGAGAGAUUGUCGGUCUCCUGCUUAAUGGUCUUCUGUGCGAUUGGUUCGGCUACCGCUGGCUGAUGAUGGGCUCACUCUUCCUCAUGGGGUCCGAGGUAUGCCCCAACGUGCUGCGCCCCUACCUGACCAUGCUGGUCUCGCUGGCCUGGAGUAUCGGUUACCUCACGGGGACUUGUGUCCUACGUGGGUUCCUGAGCAUGUCGGGCGAAUGGGCCUACCGCAUCCCCUUUGCCCUGCAGUGGGCUCUACCCAUCCCCCUCGCCAUCGGCAUUUACUUCGCCCCAGAAUCGCCAUGGUGGCUGAUCCGCAAGGGUCGCACCGAGGACGCUACCAAGUCCCUCCGCCGGCUGCGUACCAAAGACGCAAGCGAGGAGGAGAUAGCCGACACGCUCGCCAUGAUGCUGCACACCGUCAAGAUCGAGGACGAGAUGAACGCGUCCAGCUCCUACUGGGAUCUGUUCAGGGGCGUCGACCGCCGCCGCACGGAAAUCACCGUCUUCACCUACCUCAUCCAGGAGCUCUGCGCCCCGCUGGUGGCGUACAUUGUCUAUUUCCUCGAGCAGUCCGGCCUCGAUCCGUCAUCGUCUUUCGACUUUGGUAUUGGCGAGUAUGCACUAGCCAUCGUGGGGGUCUGUGUCGCGUGGUGUCUGGUCCCACGCGUGGGUCGCCGCACCCUCCUUCUGUCUGGAACCUUCUUCAUGACCGUGACGACUAUCCUUAUCGGCUUUCUGGGGAUCGUUAGCCGCAAGGCCCAUCCCAAGAUCGGUUACGGAAUCGGUACCAUCUUGCUGAUCGAGUACUUUGUCUUUUUCAUCACCAUCGGUCCCAUCAUCUACACCAUCGUCACGGAAAUCCCGUCAAACGCUCUGCGGACAAAGAGCGUCGGUCUCGCGCGAGCGCUUUAUAACGUCGGUGUCUUGGUGUACGGGCAGCUGGCGCCACGUAUGAUGCAACAAGCGGCAUGGAACUGGGGAGCCAAGUGCGGGGUUUUCUUUGGGGGCAUCAUGGGCCUCAGUCUUGUCUGGGCGUACUUCCGGGUUCCGGAGACGAAGAACCGGACAUUUGCAGAGGUGGAUAUCUUGUUCAAGAACAGGGUUUCCGCGAGGAAGUUUCCGGAGACGAGGGUUGAUCUUGCGAGUGAGGAGGUCAGA